AUGGCGGCUCUUUUGGAAUCCCUUUUGCUGAGGAAGGUAGACAUUAACAAGGCCUUGGACUGGCUAAAAGCGAGCGAGGUCAGUGUGGAAAUAAACAGCAGCCGGGAGGGUGACAGCUUUUCAUUCAGCCGACCUGUGGGGACAGUUCAGAAACAGGACUUUGUCCCAUUUCUCUUAAACUUCCUGAGAGAGCAGAGCAGCCAAUCCCUGACCCAAGGCCCUGCAACACCUGCCAAGACACCCAGCCAUUCAAAACCUACUACCCAGGACCAGGGCUUCUCAGGCGAGCAGAGGGGCAGCAGGUCUGCCAGAGGUGGGGCUGGUUCUCGGUGCACGAGUCGAGUCCAGCUAUUCUCCCCCGCCCCGUCAGUGUCCCCUGGAGCAGAGUGGGAUGCUCCUGGCCAGUGUGUUUCUCAUUCUGUGAGCGGUGUCAACACUCUCAGCAGCCCCUCCUUUAACUCAUCAUGCAGCCCGCCGUCCAGACCCUUGGGCUCAGACCGCCGGCCAGCCCAGAGGGUCAGUCUGGGGGACUAUAUCGUUUCCCCCCAAGAGCUGCAGCAUAGCUCUGGCCUGCAGCAGCAGAGGGGUCGCAGGAGGAGUGGUUGUGGCGGUAUUGGUGCAGGAGGACAAGGGAGGUUUGGAGUAGGGCGAGGAGGACACUGCAGUGAAGACACAGGGCGGUGGGAAAGUGGGGGGAGGAGAUCAGGAAGAGGUGGAGGCAGUUGCAGCAGGAUGAGCGAGCAGGUUUCACCGCCGAUGAUGGGUCAGCUUAACCUCAACAACCUGGAGGAUUUCCCUCCUGUUGGGUCAUCCCCUGAUUCACCAGUAAUGACAAAACCCUCACGAAGAAUAAACCCCACACCAGUUAGUGCCGAUCGGCCACACUCCAAACCAAAGGGCUGCUUCACCUCCACCCCUUUCAGCAAGUUCUCCAGUACCCCAUCAGAUUCUGAGGCUCUGGGGGGGUUACUGACAGCCGGGAGUCCUCUAAAUCUUCAGGAGGAGAGGGAACUGCUUAAGAGGGAGAAGACCAAACGUGCCCAACAGGCCACCUUCCCUCUGCCAGUCUCCCUGGAUGCCUGCACCCCUACCAAGUCAGGACUGAGAACGGUUUCAAAGAUUACACCUGAUAGUCAGGCAGUAUGUCCGGAGCCCUCCAAAGUCACAUUGGCCUCUGAACUGGAUCUGCUGGCAGAGCUGUACUGCACCUGCAUUUCUGAAAACCUGGUGCCAAAUAUUUUCUUGGAGCUUUUCUUUGUGAUGCAGUUGCUAACAUCACGGUCCCCUCCUGCCACCGAGGAAGAUGAAACCCUGUGUUCGGUGAAAUCAGAUGUUCUGGAGAUUGGUUACCUUAGACAAGUACACAACUGUGUGUAUUUUGCUGUUAGAGUGCUGGAGAACCAGUUUCAGCUGCUAACUCAUCUGGACAAGUGCACCUUACGGCUGCUGGCUGAAAAUGAGAGGGUAGCCUCUUUCUCGACGACUCUAAAGGACCGCCUGAUUCAGGCUCAGGACAACAGCACAGCCAAGCUGUCUCCUUCAGCUUCCACAUUGAUCCACUCGGUCCCGUUCCAGCCUGCCACUGACAACAGGUCCAACUUCAGCAGUAACAAGGCCUUCCACACGUUUAAGAAACAGAGGGAUAUUUUCUAUGAGGUGUUUCGAGACUGGGAGGACUUCCAUAAGGAACCCGGAUGGAACUUUGAAGCUGCUUUAGGUGGCAGGAUCAGGGGAAUGGUGAGCCAGCUGACCUCGGCAGGAAACCACUCCCAUUUUGCUCGUCUCUUCCUCAAGCAGCUUGUGCAGAUGUGCAAAGGCUCUCCAGGCGACACUCUUGAUGCUGACGUCCUAGGCAUGCUGGGAGCGGACAGCUUGGGCCGUCUAAAACGUCUCGAGGAGCGCCUCAUUCAGCCACAUGGCAUCGUAGGCCCUUGCCCCCCUCCUUCCUUCCCUGGACACCAGGAGUUCUUCAGAGACUUCCUGAAGGCUGCGAACUGCUGCCAGCUGAACCAGCAUCUGAAGGACCGCCUGUGCCAGCAGCUCCUCCAGCUGGACGAGGUGUCUAUCCUGGGCCCUGCAGCCUCCACUGGGCAGGGGGAAGAGGAAGAGGAGGGGGACAUGGAGCAGCAGAAUGAAAAACAGCGGUUCUCUUCAUUUCUACUCCUGGCUCGUCUGCUGGCCAAGUUCCUGGGCUUCAUCUCAUUUCUGCCGUACCAAACAGCUGAGAAACCAUCCAUGGAGAUACAGGAAAAUGCUAUAGCACUCCGCUGCAAGAGUGCUCCAGUGCUGGAUGUUUGCACUGUGCUUUGUAACUGCAUACAAAGAAGACGCACCAUCCUGACGGUGCCCUGGUUGGUGGAGUUUCUCUCCAUGCUGGACUUCACUGGACCCCUGCUGCCCUGCUAUAGGACUCUACUGGGCACACUGCUGCUACUAUACAGGGGACUGGUACUGGGCAGAAAUGGAGAAAUGUGUUACCUGAACAAGCUGUUACUGGUGGCUGUAUUGGGUUGGCUCUUCCAGAUCCCAGUGAUUCCUGAGGACAUUUUCUUCACCAGUGAUUUCACUGAUGUUGCUAAAAUAGAGGAUGGCAGCACUAGUACUCAGGGGCUUCAUACCAAGAUGUCUUUUCCCCCCCCCCAGGACUGUAUUCCCCUUGUGGACCAGCAGCUUCUCUACACUUGCUGUCCAUUUCUGGAUGAGUUCAGAAAGCUCUUAGCGGCCUUUGUGUCUGGAAGCACGGCCAAGAGUGGAGGAAUUAUACGCAAAAUUACCCCCACCUCUGCUGAGCCCAGGGAUAUGCCGACUACAAACAGGUCACAGCAGAAACUACAGAUGCAACUUGAGCAAGCCUUCUUUCACAACCAACCCCCGUCUUUGCGCCGCACCGUUGAGUUUGUCGCUGAGAGGAUUGGAUCCAACUGUGUCAAGCAUAUGAAGGCCACUUUGGUGAAUGAGCUGGUCGGGAGAGGAGAGACAAUGCUGAGAGACGGGCUGGAAUUGCCUGGCUCCAGCUCUGCCAAACUCAAUGACUCCAUCUCUGCUCAGCUGUGUGAUGGAGGCAUGGAAGCCCUGGCAAGAGCCACCAGAUUCUGCAGUGAGAAGAGUCCAGAAGCCAUAAGAAUUCUGCUGCCAGAGGGGACCUCUCCUGCUGUCUUGACGACAUCUGAAAACAUCACCAAGCGUCUGGCUACUGAGAAAGCCUGCAGCUGGCUGUCCACCAACAUCACAGCCCUGAUAAGGCGGGAAUGGAAGAGCAGGUAUGAUCGUGUGAUGAAGACUCUGGAAACCCAGGUGGCCCCACAGGUUGGGGAAGCAGAAGGGGUUAAGGUUGAAAUCGCCACAAAGGAGCGGCCCACCAUUCCCAGGGGAAAGCAGGGGAGUGAGACUGAUAAUUCCUGUCCUCCAGACUGCACCCACAGCGCCUUGCUUCCCUCUGAUGUCCUCAUUGAGAUGAAGGAGGUACUCAGCAUUGCAGUUGGGCCCAGAGCAGAAGAGGAGCUGCCAACUGGAUCUCGGCUCCAAGUAAUGCUGGAUAAAGUUGGAGACAGUCUGGCCUGCAGAAAGUAUUUAACUCCCAUGUCAGAGCAAAUGCUUCUGCGCUCCACUGUCAUCAUGGCCUGCAAGCUAGUAUCUGGAGAGCUUCCUGUGCUGUGUGGCGGGGAGUGUCCUGGGGGUAGCGGGGACAGUGUGUGUCCAAGUCUGGCGGCUGAAGCUCCGCUCAGAACAGUGCUGAAGAAACUAGUUGGGCUGUGGGAGCAAGACUGCUGCUACUCUGCACCCCUCCAUCUGCUCUUCGCCCAACUCACUCUUACUGCUGUGCUUAAGGCCAGCGACAAAGAGUGGAAAAACUACCUGUUCCUAGUGAGACUGUUAGUGGACAGAGGGCUCCUGGGAGAGGAGGAAGUGCUGUCUCAUUGGAGGAAGCUGUCACACCUAUCACUGCCGGCGGAGUUUAUAGAGAAGUUUGGCUCGAAGUCACUGACUGUUGACCCCUUCCCUGAGUUACGGAGCCGUGUGGACUUGCUUCAUGUCUCAAAGCAGACAGUAGAGGGAGCUACCUGACCAAUUAAAUAGCACCCAUAGGCUCUAAGCACAUUCUUCGCUAUGUCUGUGUAAGGAAAACACAUCUUGUUGACCAUUCGUAAUUAUUGUUUUUGUGUUGCAGUUUUCCAUUUUACAUUUCUGCACAGCCUGUGAGUGCUGCCAGUCACCCUCAACACAUGCUCUGCAAGCUUCACACCAUUGUUUUCUACCUUUGAAGCAACUCGCCACCUUUCACAAGACCCUCUCCAAUGUAAAGGCGCAAAUGGGGCUUGACAGUCUGGAUUAGAAGCUCAGGACAUAUGGAUGACCACAUGGUCUGUCACUAAAGAUAUGGGGACUCUUCCUGCGUACAUUUAGAAGGGAAAUAUGGAAUGAUGGUCUGUUUCUAUGCAGUCACCCCCAGAAUAGAUGAGUAUUAAAGAAGGGCUAAAAGACAAAGGCAGAACAAGGGGGAACUUGUGCUUCCUCAGUAUGGGACCCAUACUGGGUCAUUUGUGCCUAAGCUUGUUACAGCGCACAUUUCGGGGGCCUGUCAGAAAUAUUUUGAUCCCUCUGUGGACAACUCAAGACAAUUAUUAAAAUUGGACUAGUAAAUGUAAGACUUACAGUCCUGAAACCAAGCAAAGAAAUUACAUUUUAAUAUAGUACUUGCACUUUUCACCCACUGCCUUUGACCGCUAAUACUAGUGAUGAAUGCAAGACAGCAUUUGUGAUACUUUUACUUCACAUUGAACGUGUUAUAUCUUUUGCUGCUUUUAAUUGUAUUUUUUAUGUUGCCACAAAAAUAAUAAAGUUGUAUUUG